AUGAUCAAAACGAGGAUCGAAUGGUGGUUAGAAGGAACACCUGCGUUACCACCCAGGCAAUACGGAUUUCGGAGAAAUAAAGGUACCAUGGAAGCGUUAUCUGACCUAAUCACGGAAAUUCAGACUAAUCUAUCACACCAGUAUUACACGGGCGGCCUCUUUCUAGACAUUAAAGAUGCAUACAAUCACGUUGACCUAGACAUACUGGAGGAAAAAAUGUGUAAAAUCGGGAUUCCUAAGAAAGCAGCUGGGAUUAUAUCAAACCUGUUCAGAAACAGAACCAUAUAUCUGAAAACACCCAACAAUACCCUCUUAGGACCCAGAACAAUAGCGUUAGGACUGCCACAAGGUUCAACGUUAAGUCCUAUCUUGUUUAAUGUAUAUACGCACGACAUCCACGAACAAUUUAGAAACAAAGUAACGGUCAUACAGUAUGCAGAUGACAUAUGCCUAUUAGCUGCUGACAAAGAGUUAAAUGGCGUUGUUGCCAAGAUGUCUACUGCGGUGAGUGAAUCAAAUAAGUGGUUCUUACAUAACGGCUUUGAAGUGAGCAAAGAAAAGUCUUCUGUAGUGCUGUUUGCUAGACAGAGGAACAUUCCUACCGGUUUCAUCAGAUUGGAUAAUGUCGAAUAUAAUCUACGGACGUCUAUCAGAUAUCUGGGAUUGAUUAUCAACAACAAGUUAAAAUGGAACGAACACAUUAAUUACCUCACAAUAAAAUGCGAAAAGUCAUUGAACAUACUCAAAGUGUUAACAAAGGUGGGAUGGGGUUGUGAUAUUCAUACAGCGCUUUUAAUGUAUAAAAGUUACAUCAGAGCACGUCUUGAUUAUGGUUGCCUGUUAUAUGGGAACGCUCCCAAAUCUCAACUAAAACGUCUAGAUAUAAUUCAAAACAAAGCUCUAAGGACAUGUACGGGAGCAAUGAUAUCUACACCGACGCUAGCAAUGCAAGUUGAAGCAAACGAGCCUCCCUUAUAUAUCCGGAGACAGUUCCUUGCUGAGAAAUACAUAAUCAAACUUAAAACUAACAAUUUAAACCACAUAAUCGUCAAGAUAUCCAAUUUGCUCGUCCUUGACCAAACUGCAGACUACUGGCGAAAAAAGCCAUCUCCUCCUCUCACAGCAGCCUUACUAAAGGAAACCCCAAAUAACCUUCGAUCACCACCAAUUCCAAAUAACUUUAGUUUUCUGGACUUUAUGCAAGAAAUUGAGAUAAUAUAUCCUCCAUUCAAUGGCAUAGCUCAACAUGAUAGACAACUGUUUAACAAUAUAACAAAUGAAUUGUCGCGAGCUACCUUGAUUUUUGCCGACGGUUCAAAAACUGAGAAAGGUUGCGGCUGUGCUUUUUAUGACAGCCGAAAUUCAUACUCGGCUAAAUUUCAGCUAAGCAAGUCAUGCUCCAUAUUUACCGUUGAAGCGUUCGCAAUAUUAGAAGCCCUAAAGUAUUCUGUGGAAAGGAAGAUCAGGCACGCGAUAAUAUUUUCAGACUCCCUUGGAGUCCUCCAAGCAAUAAAGGCGAAGACGAGCUAUGACAAACUAGAUCCUAUAUUACAAGAGAUUACACUGCAGAUCAUUCAUCUUCGAAAAAUGUCGAGCACAAUACAGCUAUACUGGGUAAAGGGGCAUGUGGGCAUUCAACACAACGAGACAGCUGAUGCCUUAGCAAAAGAUAGCGUGGAAAAUGGACGAUGCAUGACGAAUGUUCUCUCCAAGUCUGACGUCGUACGACUAAUUAAAUUAAACACUGUUUAUCUCCAAUGGGAAAAUUACUGGAAAACCGCUUACUCAAUUAAAAAAACACACUACUCCAUCAUUCAUCCUAACCUUGUUAAAGAGCACUGGUACAAAAACAUGCAGAUUUCUAGAUUCUAUUAUACUACCAUAGCAAGGUUAAAGUUUGGGCACGGUAAAUAUCCGGCCCAUUGUUGUGUUAAGCGUGAGGCCAACAUUAGGAACCUAUUAGAAAAGCUAAGCGAAAAAGGCGUAGCAUUUCCCACAAAUAUCACGACCUUACUACAUAGCUGCCGUAAACCAAUCUACGAUGCCAUCAUUGAUUAUGUAAGAGAAAUUAAACUAAAACUGUAA